GACAGCUGCUGUGAUUUGAAUAACCAAGCAGACUGUUGGACAUCCGGCGGUGACUGAUUUGCCUGGCAAACAGACGCUCAGGCCCUUGCCCUGCUGGUACCCUGGGAAGACUCUCAGUCUCCCUGGGGUCUUUGUUUCCUGUCCCCACCUCCAAGAGCUCCCUAGUCUCCUGUCUAACCCUUACUUGACCUCCUGGGAGUCCUAGCCCUUAUGUGCCCCUGGAGGCUGGAGAGUGCCCUUAGAAACGGCAUAGGGGAAGGGGGAGGAACGGUGGACCCCAGGGCAGAAGUAACGAGCCAGCUCCGUCUGCUGCUGGCCUGUCACAAAAUUUGCAUGGAGAGAAUGAGGCUCCUGCAUGGCUUCCCCUCCCUCCCACCUGGGCCAGUCAGACCCGGGGCUGAGGUCCGACAGCAGGCAGAGGAGCAGCCUGUGUGUGUGGAGCCAUCUCCCCACUCCCGGAGGCGAUGCCUCGUGCCUUCCUGGUCAGGAGUCGGCGUCCACAGCCACCCAACUGGGGCCACCUGCCUGACCAGCUCCGGGGAGACACCUAUGUCCCAGACUGCAGCAGCCUGGGGGGACCACCAGUACACCAGCCUUCCAGCGGUGGGGACUCUUGGGCGGUGCCCACGCAAGGCACUCUGGCCUCCACUCCCAGGACCCCUGGGACGCUUGGCUGCCCGCUCUGCCCCAAGGCCUUCCCAUUGCGACGCAUGCUGACGCGGCACCUCAAGUGCCACAGCCCCGCGCGCCGCCACGUGUGCCGCUGUUGUGGCAAGGGCUUUCACGACGCCUUCGACCUCAAGCGCCACAUGAGGACUCACACCGGGAUCCGGCCAUUCCGCUGCGGAGCUUGCGGGAAAGCAUUUACGCAGCGCUGCUCGCUUGAAGCGCAUCUCGCCAAGGUGCACGGGCAGCCGGCCAGCUACGCGUACCGCGAGCGCCGCGAGAAGCUGCACGUGUGCGAGGACUGCGGCUUCACCAGCGCUCGGCCCGACGCCUACGCGCAGCACCGCGCCCUGCACCGCGCCUGAGCCUGUGCGCCCGCGCCCGCGAGAGGCAAAUAAACACAGGAAACGCACACACAACACAGCAUUUAUUACACACACAG